AUGUGCACAUUGAGAUUAGGUCGAUAUUUUGCGUUUAUAUUCAUUUGUUUUGCGAUCGUCCAUAGCAUUGCACUUGGCUCUUCUUACGAUGUUCAACCAACAGUGGGAUGUGUUCUAUCGAAUUAUGUAGCAGUUCAAUAUUCAACAUAUUUCUUUUAUCCAGUUUUAAUUGGUUUCUUACCUAUUGCGAUUGCAUCAACAUUUAGUAUCUUAGCUUAUCAUAAUGUUCGUCGUAUAGUUCGACGACAACUACCAAUUGUUCGUCGUAAACUAGACAAACAAAUAACAGCAAUGGUUCUUAUGCGUGUAAUUAUCUUCGUUUGUUCGGUAUCGCCUUUUGAUGCUUAUCGUAUCUAUUCCAUUAAUUUUCCUACAUCACAAAGUAUGCCUAUGGCAUAUGCAAUUGGCCGACUGAUUCAGACAGUUUUUGCUUUUAUCAACAGCAUGAAUUCUGUCAUCAGCUUUUAUAUAUUCCUAAUAUUCUCGUCACGUUUUCGUCGUCAAGUAAAACUUGUUCUAGUAAAAAGAUGUUGGCAAAGAUGGAAAUAUUGGUGUUGUCACACAAAUAAUCGGAUUGAAGCUGACAAUAAUACUGAACCACGUAAUUCACAAAUGGAAUCUGAAGAAAAUGUCUAA